AUGCUGUACAAGCUCUGUAUCAAGGAUCAUUUCUGUGCUGGACCGUUUGUCUUGGAGCCAAUCAAUCAACAAAAUCAUACUUUCAACCGUGACGAGUUCUCAGAGUCGACAAUCAAGCCAUUAUAUGUGCAUCAUUUCUUGCUUUCCAAGCCACCAAAGAAUCCCUCAUCCGUUUGGGAGGCUUUCUCCGUUCAUUUCCCCACUCAAGCACAACAAUUUGUCGUCGAUGAAAUGAAA